CCAUGCAGCAGGUGCUGGAUAACCUGAGAGACAUGCCUCCCACCACGGGGGCCAAAGACAUCGACCUCCUCUUCCUCAAGGGAAUCAUAGAGAGCCCCAUAGUCCGCUCCCUCGCCAAGGCACAUGAGAGGCUGGCGGAUGUGAAGCUGGAGGCUGUGAGAGACAACAACAAGCAGCUGGUCUCAGAGAUCCUAGACUCCCUCACAGGACUGAGUAGUAGAGACGCCUCCGCUGAGGAACUAGCCAACAUCCUCCAGGAACCACACUUCAAGUCUCUGAUUGAGGCCCAUGACAAGGUGGCAGCUAAAUGUUAUGAGAUGCCGUCGGAGGUGAACAGUAAUGCCAUGGCGACCGGCCCUCUCAUGCCCGCCGACGCCGUCAGGAUAAUUGGCAUUCAGAAGAAGGCUGGCGAACCACUGGGCGUGACGUUCAGGGUGGAACGCGGGGAGCUGGUGAUCGCCAGGGUCCUGCACGGCAGUAUGAUCGACCGGCAGGGCAUGCUGCACGCGGGCGACGUGAUCAGGGAGGUGAACGGGCGCGAGGUGGGCAGCGAUCCCAAGGAGCUGCUGGAGCUGCUGAGGGACUGCCAGGGGGGCGUCACCCUCAAGAUCCUGCCCAGCUACCGCGACACUCCAGCACCCCCACAGGUGCAUCUGAAACCCCACUUUAACUACAGCCCAGCCACAGACAACCUGAUCCCCUGUAAGGAGGCUGGCCUGGCCUUCUCUAAAGGAGAUGUUUUGCACAUUGUCAACAGAGAGGACCCUAACUGGUGGCAGGCAGUCAACAUUGUGGGAGGAGCCACAGGACUGAUCCCCAGUCAGUUCUUAGAGGAGAAGAGGAAGGCCUUUGUGAGGAGAGAAUGGAAUGGAUCAGGUGUUCUCUGUGGGACACUAACAGGAAAGAAGAAGAAGAAGAUUAUGUACCUGAUGUCCAAGAAUGCAGAGUUUGACCGCCACGAGCUGCAGAUCUACGAAGAGGUGGCCAAGAUGCCUCCAUUCCAGAGGAAAACCCUGGUUCUGAUUGGUGCUCAGGGAGUGGGUCGGCGCAGCCUGAAGAACAGACUGAUCAUCAUCAACCCCCUGCUCUAUGGAACCACCGUCCCCUUCACGUCUCGGCCUGCUCGGGAGGAGGAGAGAGACGGCCAGUCGUACUGCUUUGUGUCUCGGUCCCAGAUGGAGACAGACAUUAAGGCCCGUCGCUACCUGGAGCAUGGAGAGUACGAUGGAAACCUCUACGGAACCAAGAUGAACUCCAUCCACGAGGUGGUGGACGCAGGACGUACCUGCAUACUGGACGUUAACCCACAGGCGCUGAAGCAGUUGAAGACAGCAGAGUUCAUGCCGUUUGUGGUGUUUGUUGCUGCUCCACAACUGGACACACUAAGAGCUAUGCACAAAGCCGUGGUGGACGCUGGACUCACCACCAAACUGCUCACGGAGACCGAUCUGAAGAAGACGGUGGAUGAGAGCGCCAGGAUCCGCCGGGCCUACAGCCACUACUUUGACCUGACCAUCGUUAACGACAACCUGGACAAGGCCUUUGAGCAGCUGCAGGCGGCCGUGGAGCAGCUGUGUUCUGAGCCCCAGUGGGUCCCUGUCAGCUGGGUGUACUGAGAGACACAGCCUGGUUAGGCUGCUCCCUACUGGGCUGGAGGACACGCCGCCCGCUGCUGGGCCCAGGAGCACAUGGAGACUUGGAAGAGGUUGUCCCUAACCACCACGGUUGGGGUCAAUUUUAAUUCUGGAAUUUCAGGAAGUAGAUGAACUACAAUUCCACAUUUUUCCCAUUGAGGAAAAGUGGAAUGUCAGUGAACUUCCUAAAUUGACUGAAUUGAAAUGGAAUUGACCCAUACAGGGAUGUGAGAGCUAAGGACCCAUUGAGACUUAUGUUUGUAUGGGACUUUACCAUGCAGCCCCAGUGGAGCCUAGCCUCACCCUGUCUAGCACCACCCCGCCUAGCCUCACCCUGCCUAGCCCCACCCCGCCUAGCCUCACCUAGCCCCACCCUGCCUAGCCCCGCCUAGCCUCACC